AUGGCACACGUUUCUCUCUCCUCUCCUUCUUCUUCUUGUCCUCUAUUUCACCGGCGAAUCUUUCUUCCUUCAGUUUAUGCUUCUACUUCUUCUUCUUCUUCCUCGUCGAGCUCGGACUCAAUUUCGGCGGCGCCGAAAGUCGUCGUCACCAGAGAGCGCGGCAAGAAUGCCAAGCUCAUCACUUCUCUGGCAAAGAAGGAAAUCAGCUGUUUGGAACUUCCCCUCAUCCAGCACACGCCGGGGCCGGAUCGGGAUAGGCUUUCUACUGUAUUGACUGAUACUGAAUUUGACUGGAUUAUCAUAACUUCCCCUGAAGCUGGUGCAGUCUUUCUGGAAUCAUGGAAGGCUGCUGGAACUCCGAAUGUUAAGGUAGGUGUUGUGGGGGCUGGUACAGCAACUGUCUUUGAGGAAGUACUGCAGUCGUCAAAGAAGUCCCUCAGUCUUGCCUUUGUGCCAUCAAAAGCAACAGGCAAGGUUUUGGCUUCAGAGCUCCCUAAAAAUCAGAAAGACAAGUGUACAGUAUUAUAUCCUGCUUCUGCAAAAGCUGGAAAUGACAUUGAGGAAGGCCUGUCCAAUCGUGGGUUUGAGGUCACGAGGCUAAAUACGUAUACCACAGGACCUGUUAACCACGUAGAUCAAAUGGUACUGGAGCAGGCUCUCUCUGCCCCUGUUGUUGCAGUUGCUUCUCCUUCUGCAGUUCGUGCUUGGGUCAAUCUUAUUUCCGAGUCUAAGGAAUGGAACUAUUCAGUUGCCUGUAUUGGUGAGACAACUGCCAAGGCGGCUAAGAGAUUAGGCCUGAGAAAUGUUUACUAUCCAGUGCAACCAGGUCUUGAAGGAUGGGUGGAUAGCAUUGUUGAAGCACUGGAAGCAAAUGCCAAUCUGUUGAGGUGAUGUCUUCUUUCAGGCGGACUGAUGAAGAGUUAACUGGUGCACAGUAGAGAAGCAUAAACUGAUCCAUGGCCGUCAAAUUUCACAGCUUCGGCAUAAACCAGAUGCAAAACAAGGGCAGCCGGACAGAAUGAUGUGGGAAUAUCCGAGUCAAAAUUUUUCGAAUUCAUUUACCAAUUUAGUUGGGCUUUCAUUGACAUUUGUGAAGUCACUUACUGGGAUCAGAUUUGGGAAGAAAGCCUACUCUUAUUUUGUAUGUAUAUUAUUUUUACCAUGUUGAUUCUCACAUCAAUUUCCAUCCUGUUUGGCGUAUUGGCCUUGUAAACUUCUUUGCUAGAAAGAAGUAAAUAAAUUCAUCCUUUAGCUUUGUAUAUAUAAUGAUUCAUUAAUGGAAGCUCACAUUAUCAGAA